GAGUCCACACGCUGUCAUGUAUACAUCACGACAAAUAGCAUGUAUCGUAUUGAUCAGCUCGAGGACGUCACAGUGCCUUUUAGCGCACCCCAGAUCUACUGUAAGAGGGCAGGAUGGUGUAGAUUCGCAGGUUGAUAUCACAAGCCAUGCAAUCCAUCAAAUUAUUUAGACCGGCUCUAUCCUUGCGUUGCACCCGUCCUGCUUCGUCCUCGAUCUCAAGAGCCUUCUUGUCCAAAACUACAUCCAGAUACUACGCUGCUGAGAAUACCGAUCGUCUUAAAGGACCAGUGCCCGCCGACUCCAAGAUGCAGGCUAUCAAGAACACCAUUGCGGAGAAUCUGGGGAAGAUUGUUCCUGGUGCUCAUGAGCUCGCACCGGAGGGCUCCCGUUUCUCGCUCGAAGAGGUGCCGGAUCUGACUGGCAAGGUUGCCGUCGUGACGGGUGGUUCAGAGGGCAUUGGAUACGGCUGCACACACACGCUGCUCAAGCACAACAUCUCCAAGCUCUUCAUCAUCUCGAUAGGCGAAGAUGUUGCCGCCGAUGCCAUCAAAGCCAUCCGCGAAGAGAUGGGCGACGAGGCCGCAAACAAAGUCGAAUGGAUAAACUGCGACCUCUCGGACUGGGAAGCAACAGGCCAGACUGCGCUGAAGAUUGCCCAGAAAACCGACAGAAUCGACAUCCUCAUCAACGACGCGGCUCGCGGCAUAAUGACGUACCAGCUCUCCAAGAGCGGCGUCGACCUGCACAUGGCCAUCAACCACUUCGGCCACGUUGUGCUGACCUCGCACCUCCUGCCCAUCCUGAAGAAGACAGCAGACAACGGCAACACAGUCCGCAUUGUAAACCUCGGCUCCAACAUCCACGAGAACUCGCCUAAGGACACAAAGUUCGAAUCGCUCGACGAACUCAACACAGACAUCGGCCCCCAGCCCCUCUACGGCCGCUCAAAGCUCGCCGUCAUCCUCCACGCAAAAUACCUCGCCCGCCACGUCACACCGCAACACCCCAACCUCCUCGUCAACGCGACGCACCCCGGCAUCGUGGAGACGAGACAGUCAACCGAGCAUAUCCACGAGGCGUACCCGCUACUCGGGUACGGCAUGAGCGUGCUGAUGAACCCGUUCAAGAAGAACCAGUUCCAGGGCUGCGUGAGCACGAUGUUCGCAGCGACUAAGACGGAGAAGAGCGGCCGGUACAUUACCCCGCCCGCGAUUGUGGAGCAGGGCAGCGACAAGGCGAAUGAUGCGCUGCUGGGCGAGCAGCUGAUGGAUUUGACGGUUAAGAUUAUCAAGGAGAAGACCAAGGCGAGUAGUGUGGAUAAGGGAUGUCCGUUUAAGACGUACUAGUCUUGUAUGUUGAAAUACGAAUAAUCAGUAGGAAAGUCAAAAAUAUUCUAA